GACGUCAACCAGACAUCAACAGCACUAUGAGCACAAGGAGAUGUGAAAAAGCAAGUGGGCGGCGUCGUGAAACACUCAUUUAACACCGCCAGGACUCGUGUCAUCCAGACGGGCGCGUGGAUCUGCUUUACGCACCAUCGGAUGCUGCGCACUAAACAUCGAAGCGUCCUGCACAUCGAGGACAGUGUGAAUCGUUACUGUCACCGGUUCACGCCUACCGGAACCAAGCCGACCGAAGUUGAAGAAUCGACGGCUUAAGUGUACUUAAGUGCGCCGGCGAGGACUCUGCGUUGCUGGCGAUGGAGCGGUGGAAAGGCAGAGUGGCCCUGGUGACCGGAGCCUCGGUGGGCAUUGGAGCGGCUGUGGCCCGGGCGCUGGUCCAACAAGGCAUGCGGGUGGUCGGCUGCGCCAGGAAUGUCGACAAAAUAGAGAAGCUGGCUGCAGAAUGUCAGAGCGCAGGUUACAGCGGCACAUUGAUUCCUUACAAGUGUGACCUGUCCAACGAGGAGGAGAUCCUCUCCAUGUUCUCGGCCAUCAAGACACUCCUCAAGGGUGUGGACGUGUGCAUCAACAACGCAGGACUAGCCCAUAACGAACCCCUGCUCAGCGGGAAAACAGCAGGCUGGAGGAAUAUGAUCGAUGUGAAUGUUCUAGCCUUGUCUAUCUGCACCCGGGAGGCUUACAAAUCGAUGAAGGAGAGAAAUGUGGAUGACGGGCACAUCAUCAAUAUUAACAGUAUGGGUGGACACCGAAUGGUGCCAAGUGCUGAUGAGCAUUUCUACUGUGCCACAAAAUAUGCAGUGACCGCACUGACUGAGGGAAUACGGCAAGAACUACGGGAAGCAAACACCCACAUCAGAGCCACUUGUAUAUCACCCGGGAUUGUUGAGACUGAAUUUGCCUUCCGUCACCACAACUACGACCCAGAGAAAGCAGCAGCAGUGUACGAGAGCAUGAAAUGCUUGAAAGCAGAUGACAUCGCCAGCGCAGUCACAUUUGUCCUCAGUGCCCCUCCUCAUGUCCAGAUUGGAGAUGUUCAGAUGAGGCCGGUUGAGCAGGUGUCCUAGCAGUGCAAGGAGGAAAGCUGCAGGAGGAGCCCGCCUAUGUCAGCAGCCACGAAGACUCGUUAGCGACCUCUGCUGGGCGCGGGAGGGAAGGGGCGGGGUUAAUACAUCUGCAUGCGGGAGGGGAGGCGAGGAGGACCGUUGCUCAAAUGGAGGUGAGGAAAUGAAAGUGGUGGACUUUGUAGACCACAGUGAAAAUACUACUGAACGCCAGUUUGUUCAUCUCAGUCGCACACUGAGCUGACUCCCAACGUUUGGCAGGAGCGUUAAAUCAGAUGGUGCUGUCAUCUUUAUGACCUUGACUUCAGAGGGAAGCUAUUGACUGCACAGUUUCUUUAUUUUUUUCAUAGGUCAUAUGGCGUAUCUCGUUUCCACUUUAAAGGAUUUCUUGUUUAUAAUAACUCGUUAUCAUUUUACCUGCUCUCAUAAACAAUAAUACCAUGGGUGUCCAAAUUUUUCCCCACCGAGGGCCACUACAGAAAAUUUAAGUAUUUAGGAAGAUGCUUUGAUACAUUUUGUACAUUAAAGAUCAGAAUCAGAAAUACUUUAUUAGAUGCUAAAAUGAUCCAAUGUAGGUCAAUAUAUGCUAAGAUAUCUGAACAAAACAUCCUAGCUUUGUUAUAUAGGUAAAAAGGCAAAUGAGUGUAAUAUCUAAAAAAUAUCAGUAAUGAUAAUUGAGUUUUACCUACAGCCAUCCCUCGUUUAUAGCUGUAAAUUGGCCGCGACAAACUGAAUGUAUGGGAAGCAUUAAUUAUAAAUGAAAUAUUUUCAUAGCUAGUGCAUAAAAAACUAAAUGUUUCUCAACAUUAUGGGAAAGUAGGAAAUGGAUGGAGAGCCCUCUAGAUGUAAAAAAUAACACCCUUUAGUCACCUUUACACUCCUUUAAUGCAAUAUGGUAAUGCUGGCUGAGGCUGAGCCAAUCAGUGGCCACUAUACUGAACAGCGCGCUCUGAUUGGUUUGAUAUUCUCUUGUGGCCAAUUCUACUGUAGUAUUGAUAUUUGUAGUUGAUUCAGCCAUGUUUAUGCUUGAAAAGGCUUAAUGCAGGACAAACAAUUGUAGAAUGGUCUUAAAUUAUCCCCCAAAAAUCUGCGAUGUGGUGAAGCUGCAAUAUUUUUUUAUGAGGGACAAAAGAACAAUUUAAAAAAUACACAAAUGCCCCCGUGGCCUCAAUUUGGACACCCCUACCAUAGACGUUGUUUUUUUCCACUUCGUAUAACUACUUAACAUUUUCCAAGGCUUGCCGCCUUUACUUACAAUACAAAUAUACUCGCUUGACUUUGAAUUGAAAUCCACUUUUAAUCCCAUGUGAGCAGCCGGCAAAAAAUGAAAUACAAUACUAACAACUGUAUUUUUUGCGCAUGUGAAAUUUCUAUCCUCCAAAUUUUUGGGUCGUGUAAUUUCAAUCCAGCACUUUGAAUUCAUUAAAUUCCCAGUGGUUACUUGAAGGCAAGACAAAUAUUUAAUCUAUGUAUUUAAUGAAAGAGCAAAAUAACGAAUACGUCACAUCUAUUGCCUGCCUAUAUGUAAAGUAGAGCGUGUGGAUGUAGGACUUAACAAGCGUUGUACUUUGCACAGUAUAAAGUAAACCUGUCACAUGUGGAAUAGGUUUUAUUACACUUUACAUCACACAAAACGCGAGCAGCAUGACCUGUGUGUUCCUGACGUUAUCGUUUUAAUCAACAAGGCCCUGUUGCAUUAUUGUAUUUGACCUAAUAAAGAAGUCACAUACACUGAA